CCGCCGCCGCCGGAUCCUCAACUUCUCCACCACACCACGCUCCACGGCCUCCACUCCAGAUGGCCACGCCGCCAGCGCAGCCCAUGGCGACUAGCGCCGCCGUCACCACCACCGUCGACUCCCUCAAGGACGACAACAUCGAGGAGAUCCUGCUCCGCCUCCAGUCAUCGGCGUCCCUCGCGCGCGCCGCGCUCUCCUCCAGCCGCUGGCACCGCGUCGCCUCAAGCCCGGACUUCCUCCGCCGCUUCCGCGAGCGCCACCCCUCGCCGCCCCUCCUCGGCAUCUUCGUCUCCCAGGCGGAUCGCGGCCAGCUCCCCGUCUUCCACCCGUCGGCCUCCGUCCGCUCAGACCGCGACCUCGCCGCCGCCGCGCGCGGGGGCGACUUCCUGCUCACCCGCCUCGGCCACGACCCUGCGUGCAUGUAG